AUGCCCGUAUAUACUCCUCAAUCAGGCUCACUGCCGGAGUACUCCAAGAUGAAGCUCCUUUACUUUAGCAACGAACUCCCGAAGGAUGAUCUCCAAGGCCUCUUCCGCCGUCUGUACAACCACAGCAAAGAUAGACGAUAUCCCCUCCUCGCUAGGUUUAUCCAUGAAGCUACACUCGCUGUCCGUGAAGAAGUGCGGCAGUUACCGACGGCUGUAAAGGCUCUUGUUCCUGCCUUUGAAACAGUCUUGAACCUUGCCGACUACCCCGAACUUCGGAAGGGUCCUCUUGGCGGAUCCUUGGAGGGUGUUCUUCUCUGCGUGCUAGAGAUAGCGACUCUGAUAGGGCAUGUACCACGACUUUACUUCAAAGAGGCUGCUGACUGUUGUAGUUACUAUGAGAAUGCUUCCGAACGAUUUGACCUACAUGCCGUGUCCACGUACCUGGCUGGCCUGGGUCUUGGGCUUUUGUCAACCGCUGCUGUUGCUUUAUGCUCUGCAUUGGCCGACGUCCCAGUUAUUGGUGCCGAGGUAGUGCGAGUUUCUUUCCGUCUCGGAACGUUAGUGGAUGAGAUCUCGCAGAACCUCGAGCCUCGCGAUACGUCCGGCUCCCCAGACACCUGGGCUUCUGUUGUUCCCGGCGCCAAGGUUGAAGAAGUCCAAGCUGAGUUGGACGCUAUCCACGCAAGAGAGAAAACACCCCAACCUAGCAAGAUAUUUAUCAGUGCCUGGAACGAGGGGUCGGUCACAAUUAGUGGUCCACCGUCACGGAUCAGGCGUGUUUUGCGCCUAUCCGAAUUCUUCAGGCGACACAGGGUAGUGAGCCUUCCUGUGUACAGCGGUCUGUGCCAUGCCAAACACCUCUACAACGAACAACAUGCACGUGAGAUCAUAUCCACGAGAUCUAUGGACUCCAUAAAUGCACUUUACUCGCCGGCAAUUCCUGUCUAUCAGACUUCAACUGGCCGACCAUUUACGGCUUCUACGGCCAAAGGAUUGUUUGAGCAGCUAGUCUUGGAACUUCUCACACAGCCCAUCCUAUGGGAUAAUGUCGUCCAAGGCGUUGUUGACCAGGCAUACGCAACAUCAGCAACUAGCUGUGAUGUUUUGGUCUUCCGCAUUUCGGUGCCAAUCAACGAUCUGCGGACUGCUCUUGGCUCUAAACUGCAAGGAUUCGAAACGUCAACCGAGGAGUUGAUUCCGUGGAUUCUUCAGAAAUCUGAUAUGGAAAUCCCGCGAGGAACUGCACAGUCAAAAAUUGCGAUCAUUGGCAUGUCAUGCCGCAUGCCUGGCGGAGCAACUGAUACGGAAAAGUUUUGGGAACUGCUCGAGCAAGGGCUUGACGUAGCUAGAAAAAUUCCUGCUGAUAGAUUUGACGUCGAGACUCAUUAUGAUCCGAAAGGGAAAAGGGUCAACACGAGCCAUACACCGUACGGAUGCUUUAUUGAUGAGCCUGGCUUGUUUGAUGCACCGUUCUUCAAUAUGUCGCCCAGGGAAGCACAGCAAACCGAUCCAAUGCAGCGUCUUGCGAUUGUCACCGCAUAUGAGGCACUAGAGAGGGCGGGUUACGUAGCUAAUCGCACACCAGCCACUAACCUUCAUCGCAUUGGGACAUUCUAUGGUCAAGCUAGCGAUGAUUAUCGUGAGGUCAAUACAGCUCAGGAAAUUAGCACUUACUUCAUCCCUGGCGGUUGUCGUGCCUUUGGACCGGGGCGCAUAAACUACUUUUUCAAAUUUUCCGGUCCCAGUUUCAGCUGCGACACUGCAUGCUCGUCAAGUUUGGCCACAAUUCAGGCUGCUUGUACCUCUUUGUGGAACGGUGAUACUGACAUGGUCGUCGCCGGUGGAAUGAAUGUUCUCACAAAUUCCGACGCUUUCGCUGGUCUCAGCCAUGGCCACUUCCUUUCGAAGACUCCGGGGGCCUGUAAGACAUGGGAUGUUAACGCCGAUGGAUAUUGCCGCGCAGACGGUAUAGGCUCAAUCGUGAUGAAGCGCCUUGAAGAUGCUGAGGCAGACAACGACAAUAUCAUCGGGAUCAUUCGUGCUGCAGCAACGAAUCAUUCGGCUGAAGCUAUUUCAAUCACUCAUCCGCACGCUGGUGCUCAGGCUUAUUUGUACCGGCAAGUCAUGAGCUCCGCUGGUAUUGACCCGCUGGAUGUCAGCUUUGUCGAAAUGCACGGCACUGGUACCCAGGCCGGUGAUUCAGUUGAAAUAACUUCAAUAACUGACAUUUUCGCUCCGAUCACUAAGCGACGAAGCGCCCAACAACCACUCCAUAUCGGUGCUGUGAAGGCCAAUGUUGGACAUGGAGAGGCCGUUGCUGGAGUGACUGCCCUCCUCAAGGUCUUGCUAAUGUACCAAAAAAACGCCAUCCCGCCGCAUGUUGGCAUUAAAAACAGCCUCAACCCUUUAUUCCCAAAAGACUUGGACAAGCGGAACUUGCACAUUCCGUACCAGAAGGUGCCAUGGCCGCGAGUGAAAGGUAAAAAGCGCUAUGCUGUAGUGAAUAACUUUAGUGCAGCUGGUGGAAAUACCACCGUUUGCCUCGAAGAGCCACCGCUCAGGGAGACAGACUAUGUUGACCCGCGGACAGCUCAUGUUGUCAAUGUCUCGGCAAAGAGCAAAAUCUCUUUCAAGAAAAACCUUGAGCGCCUUGUCGCCUAUCUCGACGCAAAUCCGGAUACCUCCUUGGCUAGCCUGUCUUACACAACGACUGCCCGACGUUACCACCACAACCACCGAGCUUCAGUUGCUGCUACUGAUAUAGCUCAAGUGAAGAAGAAGCUUCUGUCUUACAUAGAUAAAGUUGAAGCGCACAAGCCCAUUCCCGCCACCGGGCCGCCCCAGGUUGCCUUCGCCUUUACAGGUCAAGGUGCAUCGUACAAGUCAAUGAACUUAGAGUUGUUCCAUCACUCUCCAUACUUUCGAUCUCAACUUCUUCAUCUAGACGCUUUGGCACAAGGGCAAGGUUUUCCUAGCUUUAUUCCGGCAGUGGAUGGCAGCCACGAGAAAGACUACGCUCACUCGCCGGUUGUCACGCAGCUAGCACUUGUGUCAGUGGAGAUUGCUCUUGCCAAGUAUUGGAUUUCACUUGGGGUCAAGCCCAACGCUGUUGUCGGUCAUAGUCUUGGCGAAUAUGCGGCUUUCCAUGUGGCGGGCGUGCUUUCCGCUAGCGAUGCUCUUUUCUUGGUUGGCCGUCGUGCGCAGCUCCUGGAGGAAAAGUGUCAGAUCGGCAGCCACAAAAUGCUGGCGGUGCGUGCUCCUUUGGCUGAUAUCGAGAAAGCCUUAGAGGGCACGAACUAUGAAGUUGCAUGCAUCAACGGACCAAAAGAAACCGUACUCAGCGGAUCGCAGGCGCAGGUUGAGGUUGUGUCUGAAAUCCUACAAUCAGUAGGCUAUCGAUGCACCAGCCUUGACGUCGCAUUUGCAUUUCACUCCUCACAAACAGAGGCUAUCCUUGAUGACUUUGAAGAAGCUGCAAAGGAUGGAGUAUUGUUUCGUGCGCCUAAUAUGCCCGUGAUAUCUCCCCUGUUGGGCAAAGUCAUUUUUGAUGACAAGACCAUUACCGCUAAAUACAUGCGCCGUGCCACACGAGAGACAGUAAACUUCUUAUCCGCACUUGAGAUGGCACAGACUUUCUCGACGGUUGAUGAAGAGACUGUUUGGGUGGAAAUUGGGCCGCAUCCCGUUUGCAUGGGCUUUGUGAAUGCCACUCUCCCAGCUGUCAAUGAGACGGUCGCCUCAAUGAAGAGAGGUGAGGACAACUGGGUGACUUUAUGUAAUAGUCUUACUGCCUUGCACUGUGCUGGUGUGCCAAUCGAAUGGAACGAAUACCAACGCCCGUUCGAAAAAGGGCUGAGGCUGUUAGACCUUCCUACAUACGCCUGGAACGACAAGACGUACUGGAUCCAGUACAACGGCGACUGGGCAUUGACAAAAGGGAACACCUUUUACGAUGCCGAAAAGUCACUCAAGGCACAGCAAACAGGGCAAUUGGCCUCCGUACCAUCCGGGCUGAGGACGUCCACUGUUCAGCAGAUUAUCGAGGAGAGCUUCAACGGCUCGGCGGGUAAAGUGGUGAUGCAGUCCGAUAUGAUGCAGCCAGAUUUUUUGGAUGCUGCACAUGGACAUAAGAUGAACGGAUGCGGUGUGGUAACUUCGUCUAUACACGGCGACAUUGGUUUUACUCUGGGAGGGUAUCUGUACAAGAACCUGGUCAAAGGUGGCAAGGCGCCUGAUAUGAACAUGGCCAAUCUUGUAGUGUUGAGGGGACUUGUUGCGCAGAAAAACACCAAAAAGCCGCAGUAUAUCCGAGUCACCAUUUCAACCACAGAUAUCAAUUCGGGGGUUGCUGAGCUCAUCUGGCAGAACGUCCUCAAUGACAACACAGCGGAUGAGCCUUUUGCAAGUGCCUCGAUAUUAUACGACGAUGCGGCUCUGUGGCUCAAGUCUUGGAUACCAAGCACGCAUCUGGUUCAGGGUAGGAUUGAGGCUUUGGAGCGACUUGCGGAAGAUGGCAUUGCCAACCGCUUUACCCGCAAUAUGGCUUACCUGCUCUUUGCCAACAACCUCGUGGACUACGCGCAGAAGUACCGCGGUAUGCAGUCUGUGGUUCUGCAUGAGCUGGAAGCAUUCGCCGAUAUCACGCUGUCCACGGAGAAGAGUGGCACCUGGACUAUUCCGCCUUACUUUAUCGACAGCGUCGCGCAUCUCGCUGGGUUCGUGAUGAAUGUGUCCGACGCUAUUGAUACCAAGGCCAACUACUGCGUGACUCCGGGAUGGAAGUCUCUGCGAUUCGCCAAACCGCUUGUAGCAGGUGCCAAAUACCGGUCAUACGUCAAGAUGAUUCAGACCGAAGAGGAUCCUACUGUUUACCUCGGCGAUGUAUACAUUAUGCAAGACGGGGCGAUCAUUGGGAUGUGUGGUGGAAUCCAGUUCCGGCGGUAUCCACGCAUCCUGCUUAAUAGGUUCUUCACGGCACCGGAAGAGGCAGGAGCCAUUUCGCAUGCCGCCGCUUCGAGUACGCCAGCCCCCAGAACCAAACCCGAGCCUGUUCCAGUCGCUACCCCGGCUACUGCAGCUGCACCAGUUGCCCAGUCUCCUGCAGCACCGGCGUCAGUUACUCCAGCCCCUGCUCCGGCCCCUGCUCCUGGCCCUACACCUGCAGCUGCACCAGCCGCCGCUGGUGAGAGCGACAGCGUAGCAGCCAAAGCUCUUGUGCUUAUUGCCAAAGAAGCUGCGCUGGAGCUUUCGGAUCUCACGGACGAUGCCUCGUUUGCCAACCUCGGGGUUGACAGCUUGAUGAGCCUGGUGAUAGCAGAGAAGUUUCGGGAGGAGCUGGGGGUCACGGUGACUGGUAGUUUGUUCCUGGAGUAUCCUACCAUCGGCGAUCUGCGAAGCUGGCUAUUAGAGUACUAUAAUUAG